UUGUGUUUCAGUGAUUUAAAGUUCACGAUUGUCGGCUGUGAUUCGAAGAAUAAACAGUUAUGUUCUCUUCAAGGAAUAAAAUCGAUUAAAAAUAGAAGUAGCCCCGUCGUAAUCUAUUGUGUAUAUACACAUUUAUGAUGUUGAUAGAAGUGCGGAAAGCAGACGGGAAUACCGAGUGGUUUAAAAAGUAUAAAACAUAUAAAGCGGCCCCAAGUAUCGGUUUUCCAACCGGGGGCUGUUGGCCAUUCCUGUCGUCCACCACUGCACACAAAUUACAGCUAGUUUGAUUUGUGCUGAUAAGUAUCUCGAUGAUUAAUUAUUCCAAUCCAGUUAAUAAAAUAGUAAUUCAAUAAGUUUCGACGUUGUGCCCAAUUUUAUCAAUAAAUAAAUCUAAUCUAGUGUCCUAAACUUAGUUAAAAAUUCACACAAUCACUGUGACACAAAAAUGGUCCUUAGUAGAAAUGACAAAAGGAAGAGAAGGGAAGGUGAUCUUGUUGACCUCAUGGACCCUCUUUCAGAAUCUCCGAAAAGGACCAAAGUCCACGCACAGAGAAAGUUUGCCCAGGGUGUAGCGACUAUAUUUGGUUCCACGCAAUCUUCUAUCAAGGAAAAGGAAAAGGCCAAGCCUGCAGUUAUCACAGAAUUGAUAACUCAUGGGCGUCCGAACACUGAAGACUUCUUAACAUUCUUAUGUUUUCGAGGUACGCCAAUGCUGCCACCCAGUUUAGAUUUUUUCAAUGUUGGAAGUCGUAAAGAAAAGCAGGACCAAAAAUCGUCAAUUAGUAUUGUUAAAAAGAGUACACCACCAACCUCAACACCUGGAACAGAAACACCAAAAUCAACUACCAGCACACAGAAAUCAAAUGGGAAAGGCAGUAGUAGUUCCACUGAUAAAAAAAUAACCACAACCGAGAAAAAUAUGACAAAGUUUAAAACAAGUAAAACGGCAACUUCUGCAGUUGAGGCAUUGAAGAAAAAAUACCAGGAACAGCGUCUGGCAAAGCAAAGGAUAAAGAACAAAUUUAAACCUACAUGUGUAAUGAGAACUCGGUCAUCUACAGAUAGAGCCAAAAUGAAAACAGCGACUAUCGUUCCACCCAAAAAGUUUGCGCCCAAGGUUGAAACAAAGAGACACUGUCUGCGCAGCAGCGCCACUGCUAAUAAAAGUAAAAAUGUUGGAAUCACAAAAGGAAAACUGGAGUUGCCCAAAGCAAAAAAGAGAUCGCUUGUCAGAGAGAAAUGUAAUGAUUCUUCAAAUACCGAUGUUUCUUCGGACGAUAAUUCACCAACUAUUAGAGCGAUGCUACGCUCAAAACGGCAGUCCAGACUUGCAAAAAAAGUUUGCACAAGAAGCAAGUCAGAAAUGAGACGAAUAACUAGAUCUCACCGAGAAACAAUACAGACUCAGGUUCUAUCGAGACGCCCGUCUAGAAAGACCAAAGAAGCAGCAGCGGUUUACAUGGAAAUUCUUGGUAGGAAAUUAGUUAGUCCAGAUUUAGAUAAUGAAGAUAAUUUAUCAGUGGAUAGUUUUCCCGAACUUCCGAAUGCUAGAAGAAUAGCGCAGAGGGAAAGUGAAAUACGAGCUAAAGUAAAACAGACUUCGAAACAAAACAGUAACAAAGAUGCCAAAUCUGAGAAUAGCAGGGGAAGUAGCACUCGGCUGUCCAAAGAUAAAGUUGACAGGAGCAAUCUAAAGAACAAGCGGCCGUUAAAAGUACAAAAGUAUUGCGAACUGGACAGCGAAGAUGAUUCGGCAUGUUCAGUUCAAUCUGAGAAUAUUAAACCUGUGACAAGAAGAAGUCUUGGCAAGAUAGCCGAGUCAACAAGCAGAAGCCUCAGAUCAUCGCCAAGAAAUGUGCCCUCUAAAUUGCAGUCAGAAAAAAAUAUGAAAACUGAAAAAGAAAAAGUGAUGGUGAAAAGAAAGCGUGAUCAAAAUUCUGGAAAAUUGAAGGAAAGCCCUGUGAAGACUAGCGUAACUAAGCAAAAAUCAAACAAAUCUAAGAGUAAAAGUGACAAAUCUGAAUCGGAUGAAGAAACUUUAGGAAUGCUGCUUGAUAAAAUGAUGAAAAAGAAAAUGAAAAGUGAACCGAACAAGUCCGAGAAAGCUGAUAAAGUAAAGUCCGAAAAUACACCUCCGGCAAACGUUGAUGUCAAAUACGACACUUCAAAAAUAUCGGACGAUGAAGAAUCUUUUCGAGGGUUUUCUAAUAAAGCCAUAUCAAAGGUCUUAAGCUCGUGUCACACUCAUGUUAAGGCUAAUCUGCUCGCAUCUGAGGAAACCAGUGGGAAAUUAGAUGUGCUUAAAACACAUGACACGCCCGAAACGGACAAAACGGAUAUAAAAAACAAGCCUUUUUCUGAAGUAGAAACGAGCGAUCUUUCACCUGUGACUAUAAAUGUAAAUGAGUCAUCAACCAAACCUAUUCCUGAAGAUUCAAGUUUAUCAGAGAGUAAAGCAGUUCCACUAGUUCUACCUGUAGUGUCAAUGAAUGUACAUCAAAUUUAUAAUCAUAAUCCAAGCGAGUCUACUGUUAACAUAAUUGAUAUGCCUCGGUCAGCAUCUCUGGUACGAAAAGAAAGAGUGAACAUGUCUACUGAACAGAUUGAGAAAUGGUUAAAUGAAAGUUCAAUGGCAAAAGAAGAGAGUAAAGCGGAAAUGGAAAACGUUUCUGGUUUUAAAUUUGAAGAUACGGUGAAAGUAAAGAGCGACGUCAGCCAUAUAUCUAUAUCUACUAGAAUUCAGCACUUGGUUCGUCCAGUCAAUAUAAGUUUUUCGAAAACAACUGAAAAAAAUAAUUACAAGUAUAACAACGUAGUUCAGAAUAAAAUUCCACCAAUAUUAAAUGUUCACGUACAACAUUCGCCACCUAAGCAACAAGGAAUACCAACAAAUCGUAAUAGAAUAAAUGCCGAUAUAAAAGAAAUUAUCAAAGGAAGAAAUUUGAAAACUAGUAAAGAUUCGUCCUUUGGUGAAGACAGUGAUGCUGUUUCUAAAUCUGAUCAUAACUCCAUUGAUGGUUCGCCGGAUAAGAAAUCACCGGAUAAAAAAUCCUUCCAACCACGAAAACCUUUUUUGCCCAAGGUAAAAGAACGCAAAGAUAUCACCCCCAGUGCAAAUGCCUUUUCACCAGAGAACGAAAGUAGUGUAUAUGCAUUUGAGAGUGACAAUGAAACUCCAAUCAGUACACCAUUUCGACGGAGGCUUAAAGACACUGAUAACAAAACAGAUAGUGUACCCUUGAUGUCCGAAGACGAGGCCACAAAAACUGAGGAAGAGACUCAGAAUGUACAGAACCAGGAUUCCACUCCUGCUGAUACUCCGAAAGCGAAUCAAUUCGAACUACCGAAGAUUUUUGCCGAUCUAGCAACGAUGCAGGUUUUGCCAAUCGACAAACUGACUACAAGCUGGAGCAACGUUGGCUGCAGUACUUCAAUAGCCGUGCAAGUAAAUCUUGAUGAGCAAUCACAAGAGCCGCAAACCACGACGACAGAUGAAUCGAUCUUGAAAAGUACUGAAAUAUCAACUCAGACGGAUGGCAAUAAUGAUAACGAAGAUGACAAUGAUGGGGGUCAAUUAUUUUAUAUACCUUUACAAGCUGUAACCAGGAGUGGUCCAAAUUUGGUACAGGGUCAACAGUUGAUUCAAGGCGUUGCUGUUAAACUUGGGACCGAGGGUCCAACUGGUCCAAAUCAACGUGUUUUACUGAGAGCGAAACUAGUCACUAAACCACCUUCUACAGUAGCUCGAUGUCCACCUGUAGGUACAGUUCAGCCAACAGCUCGUGUACCACAGAAUUCGUCAACUUCUGGACUUGACAAUCCUGCUCCGUCAACUUCAACAAGUGUAGCACCUACACCAUCUACGUCUAGCUUUCAGCAUCCCUUAUCCAACAGAAGUUUUACAGUCACGCAAACAACACAGCGUCAAAAUGUUUCUACUGCAACAGGAACUAGCGUAAUACCAGACAAAGUUCAGAAGUCUCCUAAAGCUUCUAGAGAAAGAAAAACGUCUAUAGAUUCCGUGAAAAGCGGAAAACGAUCUCAAUCCAAGUCCAAACCGAAAACAUCAGAGUUCUGUUCACCCAGCAAUACGACUACCUUUCCAAGCCCAAAAAAUGCCAAUGAAGAGGCUCGUCUCGUUGAAGCUCCUACAUUUCAUCCUACCGAGAAAGAUUUUCAAGAUCCAUUGGAGUAUAUCGAUAAAAUACGCCCCAUUGCUGAGAAGUUUGGUAUCUGUCGUGUAGUUCCACCGCUAAACUUUAAGCCUGAAUGCAAAGUAUCGGAUGACAUGCGUUUUACAGCAUAUAAUCAAUACGUACAUCGGAUGUUGCAUCGGUGGGGACCCAAUGUUAAGGAAAUGAUGGCUAUUAAAAAGUAUUUGGCAACCCAGAGUAUCACUCUCACUCAUCCUCCCUGGAUUGGCGGUAUGGAGGUAGACUUGCCACACUUGUAUCAGACGGUGCAGAGUCUAGGCGGCUUGAAGGAGGUGAUUGAGAAAAAAAAGUGGCAGAAGGUGGCUGAUGGCAUGAAAAUCCCAAAAUCUGCUCAAGAUCGGGUUACUAAGUUAGAUGAUAUCUACUGUAAAUAUUUAUUGCCAUAUGACACGCUUUCGCCAGAGGAAAGAGAAAAACUGUUCGAUGAAGUAGAAACUGAUUGGGCCAAGCGUGAGAGCAAGGCCUUGCAGACACAAACUGCACCUUCUAGUGACAAUGAUGCUGAAGACGAUGACGAGGAUAGUUCUGAUGAAACUGAGGAAUGUAUCGUCAAAGGGAGAAACAUGCCAUUGAAUGCAUUCUACCGCAUUGCACGAAAUACACAACGUAUGUGGUUCGGUGAGAGUCAACCACCAUCUGGUGAAGCUGAAGGCGCAGCCGCAAAUGAAGUUGAAGUAGCAUUUUGGAAACAUGUCGCAGAGAGGAAACGACACGUUUGUGUUCACGCAGCCAGUAUUGACUCGAGCGGUCGGGGUUUUGGUUUUUCUGUUGCUAAGAACAGUCCGUUUGCGAGACAUCCUUGGAAUCUUAAAGUAUUGACUAACAAUGCUGGUUCGGUACUCAGAGCAUUAGGGCCUUUGAUGGGUGUUACUGUGCCAACCCUACAUGUUGGAAUGCUGUUCAGUGCAUGUUGCUGGUACAGAGAUCCUCAUGGUCUGCCGUGGAUAGAAUAUUUGCAUACAGGUGCUAAAAAAAUUUGGUAUGGGAUUCCUGAUGAGCACAGUGACAACUUUAGAGACGCUUUGGCUAAAAUGGUACCACGCUAUUGCAAGAAUAAAACGAUAUGGUUACCAUCGGACACAGCCAUGGUCCCACCAGAAUUGCUUGUGAAAAACGGAGUUCCCUUAUGCCAGACAGUGCAAGAGCCCGGACAGUUCAUUAUUGUAUUUCCUAAAGCCUUUACCUCUAGCAUAUGCACUGGGUAUGUUGUUUCUGAAAGUGUAUACUUUGCACAAUCGUCCUGGCUCGUCACUGCGGAACAAGUAUUCAAGGAUAUACAAGAGAGCUGUGAACCAUCAAUAUUUUCAUUUGAAAGACUGUUGUUCAGUAUUAUUAAUGAUGCUAGAUCCCAUGUCGAUGUACUUAAACAGAUAUUACCAACUGUGAUGAAUAUUCGGGAGAGAGAAUUAGAAUAUCGUAGACUACUGGGAAAUGCCGGUCUAACGAAUACUGAGAGGCUACCCUUACCUGAUAGUGGAAAGCGAAGAAGAGGAAAAAAAGUUAAGGAAGACGACAGUGACUUUGAGUGCGAAACCUGUCGUGCCAAUCUGUUCGUUUCACUAGUGAGCAACUCGCAAGAUGAUUGUGUCUACUGUCUUCCACAUGCUUGUCAGAUACUUACAAGGAAAAAACAGCUUCUGAAACACUCUACGCUUAUGUACACAUACAGUGAGGCGGAAUUGGAUGAUCUCAUACAUAAAUUGGAGGAUAAAAUCGAAGCCAAAUCUAAGAAGACUAAUCAAAUGAGACAAGCUAAAUAGGCGAUAAAAAUUUGUAGUGAUAUUAUAUUUAUUUAAUAGAAUUUUCGCAUAGGCAAUUAUUUAUCAAUUUAUUAUAAUAUUUUCUAAGGUUGACGCCAUGAUUAAUUCUAUACAUUAUUUAUUACGUCACUGUUUUACUGACGAAAAAAAUAGUAGCAAUAGUAAUGAUAAUAAUGCCUUGAUACGGCCAUUUACAAAAUUUUAUUAGACAUCCGAAAUACUCCGAGAGACCGGAAUGCCGAUUUCUACAAAUCAUGAUUAGAUAACGAGUGAUUUUCAACACAAGAGAAGAAAUAGAAGUCCAUCAUAUAACUAGGCGCGAAUCACUGUUAAGCGAUAUUUUUCGUGCAUCACGAUCGAAUUUUCUUCACAAGAUUUUUUACCUCAACGAUCGGGCCGUAUUAAAGUUCAACAACUUAUAAAUAAUUCUAUUGAGAGGGAGAAAAUUAAAUUAAUGACAAAAUUGAUGUAUUCAAUUUCUCAACUUUCAUGUUUGACUGGAGUGUCUGCUUUUUUUGUAGUCAUAUUUUUAUUUGAUAUAUUUAUAAAAUAGUGUGUCGUUAUGCUAUUCACACGAUAAAGUCAAAUUAUUCGAGUUAAAAUAACUGUAGGGAAUUAGUAUAUUGUAGAUCAAUCUUUAUGUAACAAAUAUUAACGGGUGAAAAGGAGCAGAAAUUUUCUUUCUUGUCUAUACCUGAGUAGUCCGAAUUUAUCCAACUGUAAUACUGAAAUUUAAAACGGUUAAUCAAAACGAUAGUUGUAGUUCCUCAAUGUAUUAAAUUACAACCAAAUUUGAUGAAUUUAUACGUGAUGCUUUAAUUAGUGCAAAAAAAAAGUGAUGAGGCUUUCUCUGUAUAGUUAUUGAGUGCCAAAU